AUGGGUGAAGUCGCCCCCAAUCUCGACCAACUGCGCCAGCAUCUGGAGCAAUCCUCGGUACCAGCUGUCUUUCCAGACGCCCCGGAAUUCAAGAAGCUGGCCCAGUCUUACAACCGGGUCUUUUCAUACAGGCCGGCAGCCAUCUGCCUACCGGAGAAGGACGACGAUGUUGUCAACGCCAUAAACUCCGGUGGCCAAGACGGCAGCCUCAUACUGCAUAUGAGGAAUUUCUCCGCCGUCAGCCUUGAUACCGAGACGAAAGUCGCUGUUGUUGGCGCCGGUGUCCGUUUGGGACAGCUUGCAACAGAGCUGUUCCGCCAGGGGAAACGAGCCGUUCCUCACGGGACGAUAAAGAAUGUCGGAGUGGCUGGUCAUUUCUCCCACGGGGGUUACGGCUACCAAUCGCGAGCAUGGGGUCUGGCUGUGGACUCUAUCUGCGGGCUGGACGUGGUCCUCGCUGAUGGUAGACUGUUACAUGUCACGGAGAACGACCAUCCAGAGCUCUUCUACGCCUUUCGUGGAGCCGCCGAUUCCUUUGGCGUCAUCUUGCGUUUCCACCUGAGGACUGUACCGGCUCCUGAGGAGGUCGUACUUUUCUCAUACGACAUUGAUGGCAUAGUCGAGGAUGUUGACGAAGCUGCUGCUGCUUUUCUGAAUAUUCAGCAGGUUGUGCAAAAUGCCAACGUCAUCGACCGUGAUCUUUCCUUCGGCUUCUACAUACAUAAUGGGUCAUGGACCAUAUGGGGCGUCUUCCUGAGAGAUCAAGACGUUUUUGAGGCUAAAAUGGCACCAGCCCUGCUCGAUGGUUUCAAGCGACCUGUAAAGAAGUUCGUGCAAACCAUGGCAUGGCUAGAUUGUCUAGAUUGGUUUUCGGGUAACCACUCAAACGAUGCCACAGAAGAGGCAUAUGACACUUUCUACGCUCAGAGCGCACUCAUCCCGGAGCACACACCACUCAACGAGAAGGUCGUUCGAGCCUACUUCGAGACUAUGCGAAGUGCCAGUCUUGACUCAUCCCAGUCUUGGUAUGCCGUUAUCAAUGUUCACGGCGGUCCUGGUUCCCAGAUAACAUCUGUACCCGUCGGCGCAUCAGCAUAUACGCACCGAGAGAUGCUGUGGGUAAUCCAGCACUAUGGAUACUCAACCAACCAUCUGCCGCCGUUGCUGGACUCCACAAAGGCUGUAAUUACACGUCUAACGAGAGCCGUCAGAGCUGGCGUUCCCGCAUCGUCGCUGGGGGCAGAGCCGAAUUACCAUGAUCCGGACAUGGCUCGUGACACAGCACACAGCCUACAUUAUGGUGAAGCCGCGAUAAGGCGUCUCGAGGCUUUGAAGAGCGAGAUAGACCCGUCUGAAGUGUUUUGGAACCCCCAGUCUAUUCGACCGAAGGCGAACUGA